GGGCUAAAGAUCGGACGGCAGCUCACUGCAGCAGCAGCAGCACCACCACCACCAUCACGAUGCGGACCGUGCUCCUCUCCUUGGCGCUCACUGCCUGCGUCUUCGCGGCCGAGCUGCCUAUUCGCCGCAUUCCGCACAGCGGAAUCCACCGGGGGUUCGGCCGCUUCCGGGGCCGCAUCGUCGGCGGCCAAGAUGCCACCAAGGGGCAGUUUCCGUACCAAGUAUCGCUGCAGUGGGUGGUGCUGGGCAUAUCUUCUCACACAUGUGGUGGCUCGAUAAUCAGCACCAAAGCCGUCCUCACAGCUGGACAUUGUACCCAGUCUGGUUUGUUGGGAUACUAUGUGGCAGUAGCCGGAGAACACGAUUUAAGUGCUGACGAAGGGACCGAGCAGACGAUCGAAGUGGCAGACCAGAUCCUGCACCCUGAUUACAGGCCUUGGGGGAACGUUGCAAUCAACGACGUGGCCGUCUUCACCCUGCAGUCGGAGCUCACCCUGGACACCUACGUCCAGAAAAUAGCUCUUCCCGUGGCUGACAGUGUUCCCACCGCUGGAUCCAUUGCCGCACUCUCCGGCUGGGGCAGCACUAAGAGCGGUAUUCUGCCGCACGACCCGGACAUCCUGCAGUACGUCGACGUCACCGUCAUCGGGAUGACCGAGUGCUACGAGCUGCUGGAGAAUUACAGCGCCCUCAACGACAACAACGUGUGCACCGGGCCGGUCACCGGGGGCAUCGCAGCCUGCACCGGGGACUCCGGCGGUCCUUUGGCCCAGGACGGCACAGUGAUCGGGAUCGUGUCCUGGGGUCUGAUGCCGUGCGGCUCCGAGGGCGCGCCAACCGUCUUCACCAGGGUCUCUGCCUACGAAGACUUCAUCAAUCAGUACCUUUAAUUCGGCGGCGCUGCAGCUGUUAUCAGUUUCAGUGACAUAAUAAAUUGAUCUUAAGAGCAAAAUACAAUUUCCUUUUAUUCUUUCUGUUUCACAUUCUGCUUGUUACAAGACGGAUACACAGAUGGCCAUUAAAAUUGCAACGUUAUAAACGCGACAUGCAACGAAUGCCAGAUUAGCGUGAAGUGUACUACAUGUCUGAUGAUGAUUAGCACAGCUGCGAAAAGCAGGCAGGAGUAACACCAUAUACAUUCUGUAAAUAAAGAAUGACUGCACAGCAGGAUAGUCAGUUGGAAAUAACACUUGAACGUUGUUUGUUUGUGAGAAGAUCGGGUAAUGCCUCUUGUGAAAAGGAGAAACGACCAUUGGCACGUGUUGGCAUUCGACAGCAGCAAGGUCGUGGCCUAACGAGAAUAUGUUUAUCAUUCCUGGAUAUUGGUGCUCGGGUCGAUCGGGACUCCACAGCUGUCACGCAACUAUGGAAUCUAUGAUAUGAAGAGGGCCAUACUCAAUGCCAUGCAGGAUCUCAACGGUCCCCACGAUCAGAGAAAUCAGACAUAUUGUUCACUCGGCCUUGCAAAUUUGUACAGCUACAAUACGUUCCUUGAGUCAGGCAAUGGACUUCUUAGGAACAAGACAAGUAAGUAUUCAAGGGCAGUGCGACGACGUCUGGAGCAGUGCCGAUUGUCAGCACGGCGUCCCUCGCUGCAGCUUUCGUUGACGUGGCAGCUGUGAGAAACGCGGCGACAGUGGUGUGCCCAGUCACCGCACUGGACACGGCAAUGGCCCUGUGUGGUCUCUAUAACAGAUUUUCCGUUCUACGUCUAGCAUCACAGCGAGCGUAUCAAUCUGUGGAGGCCCCAAGAAGAGUGAACAAUGAGCUCGUCAUUGUCACAAGCACCGAGCUCCCGGUGUGGCCAUGCACGACACAACGGGCUCUCGUUUGCAUAGCUGUAAACGUGUACAGCAGGCGUUACAGGUUUGUUGUGUGAAGACAGGUGACCGUGCUCUGUCUUUCUAGGCGUAGGUGACAUCACGUUUCAAAAAGAUGAUGUAAGACGGCAUGUUGCCGAUGGUGUCCUAUAAUUGACAGUCAGCACGUUUUCCAGGUCUCUCACUCGAUAAAAACAUCUGCUCACGGGUUUCCGAGAAACUGACACACUACCAUCCACCACCACUUCUAUUGAAUAAAUGGAGUAUGUAUCCAUAUCUGUCAUCCAAGUUCACUUUAAUUGAACAUCCAACUGAUAAAAACAGAUUCUUCUGACAGAGGAGGCAGCUACGUGUACUAAAUUUCGCACCCUGUGUACCCCCAGAUUACCUAAAAAUUUAGUCAAGUAUUCUUCUUACUAUAGUGUUUACGCACAAAGCAGAAAAUUUCGUUAUUUUCUAGCAUUCCCGGUGUCGACAUAUUAAUGUCUACAGUGUGCAUUCUGGGGGCUUUCGAUUUUUACUUCGUUCGCUGGGCAAUCUUAUUUUCCUCCCUGUCAGUUUCCUGUGUAACAGUAAUCAUUUAGGCAUUUAAAUCUGAAGGCUUUAGAUGUGGAGGUAGCCAUUUCGAAUCCUGGUAGAGAAAGAAAUUUUAGCCACAAGAAUUGAGCAGGUAAGGAGAGUUGAAGUUGCUAUCGUGCAGUUUCCAACCAGUACUUGCAGAUUAAUCAAACUAAAAUUAUUUUCACUUAGAAAACAGAGCUCCUUUCAACUUACCUUCGCUUGUGUAGCAUAAUAUGGAGCAUCUUU